CUGUGCUAUGCAAGGUCACCUGGUAUAUUGACAUUCCAAAGGGUACAUUGUAUUCAUGGGAAAUGGUGAAAUGGUGACUUGUUUACAGGGGCGGACUGACAACUCAUGGGGCCCCGGGCAAUAGGGGAUCAUGGGGCCCCUGUGUCCUCGCCCACACCCAAAAAAGCCAAUGAAAGGUACCAGGGGCAUCUCAUGGGGCCCCCUACUGACCCUGGGCCCUCAGGCAGUGCCCGAGUGCUCGAAUGGUUUGUCCACCCCUGCUUG